AUGGAAACCCUUAAGUCUCACAGUAAAAACGUCAUUCUGCCUGGACCACCAAGAGAAGACAUUCAUAAUCACGUAUCAGAAACAAUUACCAUUCAAGAAUAGAAUAAACUACAAAGGGAGAAUUGCUAUCCCAUGAAAAAAACUCUGACGUAUAAAUUUACAUAUUCCCUAAAGCGGCGGAGAGUUAUCACAUUCCCAGAAAUAAGAGACAACAUGGCCGCCACGCAUGCGUAAUAGUGCACAUACAAUGUCAAAAUGGCUGCCAUUUAUUAUAAGGAAAUGUGGGGAGAAAUCACAAUUUAUCAAAUUCUCUCGCUUCAGAGAUUUUGGGCUCACGAUGCAGGACUCGAAAAAAAACCCUUGCCAUUCGAGUGAUACACUUUCCGUUCAAACGAUGCCAGAGAAAGCCCUAUAAUUUUUCCUUGGACAUUGCACUUUUGUUCGCUUGAGAGCAUACAAUCCUCCAUACAUUCUCUGUAAUUUCAUUGAAAUCCGGCGUAAAAGUAGUCGUUUAAAAGGUAGAGCUGUUCGCCGCAUCACAGGUGCAGGACUUGAAAUUGGUAAAUCGACUAUCCUUUCUAUCAAAUUGGCCAAUUAACUAGGCAGUAGCGCCUUCCAAUCUUGUUCCCGAAGAAAUAACAAUUUAUGUAGUUAUGACUAGUUCAGGAACCAUUAUUGUUGUCUUUAAGAUAAAGACUGAAGCAAGGAAAACGGUGCGCUCCGCAAGAACAACUUCUCUCCGUUCGUCCGUUCUCCAUUUUGUUUUUAAACGGCCCCACGGCUUUCUGGGAUAGUCACAGGGGAACCAUAAAGCCUUUCUAAAAUACAUUUUUUUUUUUAAAUUUGCGCAUAUAAUGUUUUCCAACCUCAGCAAGACUGCCGCACUUCCAUUAUCAUUGGACGUAUCAAAUCAGAGAUGCCCAUUGCACGUUUAAAUACCGCUUUUACUACUUUUAUUUGGAAUUUUAGUCAACCUGAUUAAAAACUUCUAGUGUAACAACAAAAGGGAAGCCCCUGUGCUGGCCGGAAUCUCGUUUUUAUUUGUGAUACCGCUGUUAUUCCUCGCGGGCCUAGCAAAAUGUGAGCCCAGAGAAACCGCUGGCUAAUGUCCCUUAUUUCUAGGAAUGAACAAAUAGGAAAAAUGACCGGGGCCUAGAACAGAAAGGCGAUGUGUGGGUGAAAUAUUCAGGGAAAUAGCGCUAAAAAUGUCUACUAAAUUUUGUGUGUUUUUGGUUACGGCAAUGUCCAUAAUGUCCGUGGCAAGUUCCAUUGACAGUCCUCCAAAUGAUGUAAGAAUUGGUGUAUUGCUACCGAUGACUGGAUACUGGCCAAUCGGUAAAACCUCCGCCUCCGCCAUAACAAUCGCGGUAGAGCGUAUCAAUCAAGAUCAAACACUUCUAUACGGCUAUAAUGUAACAUUUCUGUGGAACGACUCCCAGUGUCUAGCGGCAGAAGGGAGUUUCGUCUUGCUCAAGUAGACGCGAUCAUCGGUGAUGGCUGCGAUCUCAUCUGCGAGCCCGCUAGUCUGCUAGCCGCCGACUGGAAUCUUCCCGUGUCCUGGGAAUGCCAGUCAAGCGCACUCUCCGAAAAAAGCGUCCAUCCCACUUUUGUUCGAACCGUCCAGUCGUUUUCAAAAAUGGGGGACCUAUUCAUGUCGAUUUUUGAAUAUUUCAAAUGGAAUGACAUUGGUAUUAUCGCGUCCACAGAAAGUAUGUGGCAGUUAGCAAUGACAAAUUUCCGGAAAGCGUUUCUGCGGAAUACUUCUAUAAACAUCCGUUACCUUCAAACUCUUAAUCCUGGUAGUCAACUACUGAUCGAAGGGAGUACCUCAGUUUGCUAGAAACUGCCAAACUAAACGCUAGAAGUAAGUGUUAUACACCGUCCUGACGGUGACUUAUCUUAUCUUAUGACGGUGACUUAUCUCCGACUUUGACUUGUCUUAUACCCCGUUCCGACGUUGACUUAUCUUAUGCCCCGUUCUGAUGUUUACUUAUCUUAUGCCCCGUUCUGACAGUGACUUACAUCUUAUACCCCGUCCUGACGGUGACUUAUCUUAUGCGCCGUUCCGACGUUGACUUAUCUUAUGCCUCGUCCUGACGGUGACUUAUCUUACGCCUCGUUCUGACGUUUUCUUAUCUUCCUUCAUGAUGUUGACCGUCGUUCUCGCUUUUUGCUUCAGUUCUCAUUAUGUUGUGCUCUCAUGCUUCACGCCAUGGAUCUAGGUAUGCUGAAUGGCGACUACGCGUUUCUUACGGUUAAAUUACUACCGUCUGCUGCAAUUGGUAACAACACGUGGAUGGGUAAUGACGGACGCGAUAAAGACGCGUCCCUAGCGUUCCGCGGAAUUCUCAGUAUCUACGUGCGAGAACCAGCUACAGAUUUGUGGAAGGAGUUCAAGAAAGAAGUUCGCACUAAAAUGGAGGAUCCUCACUUCUACAUCAAGCUUAAAGAUUCAGAAAAGGGGCAUCUGGUAAAGUGGUUAUUGAAUCCUCGGGAGACAGGGAACCCGAUUAUUCCUUGAAGUAUUACGUGAACGGGAGCUUCCAGAAUAUCGCGGACUUCAAUCAUUCAACAGGAGGAUUUUACCUCAGAGACGUUGCGGUGAUAUGGGCGGGUGGUCGCACGACACCUCCCCUCGAUCAGCCCGUGUGUGGAUGGAUGGCGAAGAGUGCUUUGGAAACGAACAGAAAGAAAGUUACGGUAUGAGGGAGAUUUGGCGCAAAAUACAUCUUGGAAAAUCAAAUAUGCUGAUAUACACAUCGAGUCGGAGACCGCUCCUAUUCACGAGAAGGAGAGUGGAAUCAGCCUGUUGCCUUCGCCAAAGACGGAGUCAGAGGUAGAAAGUCCAGCUCAGCCGUCAGUCGGCAAAGGAUUCUCUCCGCUGAGCCGCAAUGCGCGAACGAACAACGAGGAUAAGUUAGGCGAGGGUUACGUCACCAAGCUGGCCUCGUACCAGGGUCGCACUGUGGUUGUCAAGAGACUUAACAAAAAAAUCGUUCAUUUGUCGCGAACAGUACUUAUCGAACUAAAGCAGGGGAACAAAUAUCAUCGAAAACAUGGUGUCGUUGAUGGAAAAGCAUGCAAAUCAUCUGGAGCAGCUGGUGGAAGAGAGAACACGCCAGCUAAACAAGGAGAAGGAGAAAACAGAUCGCAUCUUAUACAGAUUACUGCCUCCGCCAGUCGCUGAGCUGAGCAACAACAUGGUAGAGGCGGAGGAGUUCGAAGAAGUGACAAUCUUCUUUAGCGAUAUUGUGGGGUUUACUAAACUCUGUUCCAACAGCACUCCACUUGAGGUGGUUGAUUUUCUUAACAGUCUGUAUGUGGCUUUUGACGAGAUCAUAACAAGGUUUGACGUUUACAAGGUUGAAACGAUCGGCGAUGCGUACAUGGUGGUCAGCGGUUGUCCUGUGUUGAAUAGUAUCCAACACGCAGCUGAGAUUGCUAGUAUGGCGCUGGACCUGAUGAGUCACAUGACAGUGUUUCGCAUACGUCAUCGACCUGAGGACCAAUUGCAGCUGCGAAUUGGGAUCAACACAGCGCCGGGGCAUGGUGACGACGUACUGGCUUUUGGGCAAAGAGGGGUUCAACAAACCCCUGCAGAAACCCGCCCCGGACAUCUUCGAGCCCGUGUCCGAGACACUGGACGUGUAUUACGCAAGUUGACGUGUCACACGUGGCACGGUAUUGAUGGGAUAAUUCCUGUGUGCUAUACACCUAUUUCAAUAAAGGUUGUCAGAUGGCAAAUGGCGAUUGGCAAAUGGCAGUUCUACGACCGAAAGAAACCAUGCAUCUCGAAGAAUAUGGAUAAUUCAAAACAAUCAUCCAUUAAAGGUUACCAAUGUUUGGCUCUGACAUUGCUGGACUUUAUUUAACACCUUUAAUUUUACGAAUAAUUAGUACCCAUAAGCCAUUUAUCAUUCGCCAUUUGCACUGACAACCGCUUUUGUGAAAUAUGUGUAUAUAAGUCAAUUUAUGUGAUGUGCAAGAUUGUAAGCUGAGUUAGCGUUUUGUGAUCGGGGGAAAGGCAGCUAUACGAACGACAGGUCAUGUCAAUUUAUGUCAUGUGCAAGCUGUGUUACCGUUUUGUGAUCGGGCGAAAAGCAGCUAUACGAACGGCAGGUCAUGUCAAUUUAUGUGAUGUGCAAGCUGUGUUACCGUUUUGUGAUCGGGCGUAAGGCAGUUAUAAGAACGACAGGUCAUAUCAAUUUAUGUGAUGUGCAAGCUGUGUUACCGUUUUGUGAUCGGGGGAAAAAGGCAGCUAUACGAACGACAGGUCAUGCCAAUUUAUGUGAUGUGCAAGCUGUGUUACCGUUUUGUGAUCGGGUUAAAGGCAGCUAUACUAACGACAAGUCAUGUCAAUUUAUGUGAUGUGCAAGCUGUGUUACCGUUUUGUGAUCGGGUUAAAGGCAGCUAUACGAACGACAGGUCAUGUCAAUUUAUGUGAUGUGCAAGCUGUGUUACCGUUUUGUGAUCGGGUUAAAGGCAGCUAUACUAACGACAAGUCAUGUCAAUUUAUGUGAUGUGCAAGCUGUGUUACCGUUUUGUGAUCGGGCGAAAGGCAGCUAUACUAACGACAGGUCAUGUCAAUUUAUGUGAUGUGCAAGCUGUGUUACCGUUUUGUGAUCGGGUUAAAGGCAACUAUACUAACGACAAGUCAUGUCAAUUUAUGUGAUGUGCAAGCUGUGUUACCGUUUUGUGAUCGGGCGAAAGGCAGCUAUACUAACGACAGGUCAUGUCAAUUUAUGUGAUGUGCAAGCUGUGUUAUUGUUUUGAGAUCGGGCGAAAGGCAGCUAUACUAACGACAGGUAAUAUUAGUGCCAGAGUAGUGACACCUAAUAGAGGAUAAUAUAAACAACAUAUCGCAUCCUCGGGCCCUUCGCUGCUGCAGUGUUAAUCUACCGUACGCGAUACAGCAGUAAGCAUAAUUAUAGGUUAUUUCACGGUUGGUGAGCGCGUACGAUUUUUUUUUCACGACUUGUGUAAAACAAACGAACGAACAAGCGCAGCGAGUGAGUUUGUUUUACACAACGAGUGAAUAAAAAUCGUAAAAGCAAACUAACCGUGAAAUAACUUAUUGUAUACAUAACGAGAUUUUGAAUGAGCGAAAAGAACUUUCAGAUAUAAAACAUUUCAUUUUGCAUGAUACAUUUGUUCUUGAGCUCUGUUGAGCGAGAGAAUGAAAUUUUACUGUGAAAAUUGAAUACAAAGCGUUCAAAAUGGAAGACAAUAGAUUUGCAACUGAACCGUCGGUAGAACAGCCAAGUCUUAUAAAAUGUAAUGUAAGCUUAUUAUAAAUUUCUCAAUAUGCAUAAAAUAAAUAAAAUACAGCAUGGAAA